GGUAUGGUUUUGUGAUUUGUUGUAUUAUCUCUAUUUUAGGGUUUGUGUCUGAUUGUUUCCCUAACGUUCUAACCCGUGACAUCAGUCUAGUUCUUUUGGUAGCAGAUUUGGUGUAAGACAAUGGCGACACAGUCACAUGCUCAGGCAGUUAAGUCGUUGAACAAUGGAGCUGGAAGAAGACGCUUUGUGUUCAAGACAUUCUCUCAACGAAUUGAAGAAAUCGAUGUUGAUGUUUUUCGAAGUCUUGAUCCCCUCAAAUCAGAACCCUCAGAAGGCUCAUCCUUUUUCCGUGAUUGCCUAGUUGAAUGGAGGGAACUUAACACUGCUGAGGAUUUUAUAUCGUUUUAUGAGGAAAUGUUGCCGUUGGUGCAGACAUUACCACAGAUUAUUUUGCAGAAGGAGUCUAUACUUUCUAAGCUUCUUUCUAGGUUGGAGAUGAAAGGGAGAUUAUCACUUGAACCCAUUCUUAGGUUAAUAGCGGCGCUGUCUAGAGAUCUCUUGGAGGACUUUAUUCCAUUUCUGGGGAAGGUUGCGGAUUCCAUGGUUUUGCUUCUCGGUAGUGGUGCUGAGAGGGAGUCAGAUAUAAUCGAGCAGAUUUUUAUAUCCUGGUCAUACACUAUGAUGCAUCUACAGAAAUAUUUAAUUAGAGAUGUUGUCUAUGUCCUCAAAGUCACAGCUAAAUUAAGGUUCUAUCCAAAGGAUUACAUUCAGGAAUUUAUGGCGGAGUCUAUCUCCUUUUUGUUGAGGAAUGCACCUGUAGAGCAGCUUAACAAAGGCAUCAGGAAAAUCAUGUCUGAAGUUGUGGCAAAACCAUUGGAAACUAGAAAAUCUGGAGCCAGUGCAUUGUUAUUUUAUGUUAUGAAAGGAUUUUCAUCGAAGUUGCAUUCCAGGGCUGAGCAAGUGAUGCGGCUAUUACUUCAUGGUGAAGUAAUAGGAAGCGGUGACAAAGACCCUGAAGGCUCAAAUCCAGUUGUUGAAGUUGUGAUCACAGUCUUUCAGCGGUUAUGUGAAGAGCUGCGGCCCUCAGAGUUGAAAUUGUUGGUGCAACGCGAGGGAAAGGAAAUAUACGACUCCAUUGCUAAUGGACACUCACGCCAUCUCAGUCAUCUUCUGUCCCUGUUUAUUUCUACUAUGCAUAACCAUAAUGUGCACAAGAUGAUAGAGUUUGAACCAGUGCUUGAGCUAGCUAAAUUGCUUAUCGGGACUUUUAUCAUGCCUUCUGGCAUAUUGUUGAAGGCUGAGGACCAAUCCUCUGAAAUUAUUGAUAAAAUUCUUCAGCUGAUGCUUUGCAUUCUUGAUGGUCUUCAUAGUGGUAAUCAUGCUGCAGUUCUUACAGAAUUGUCAAUGCAAUGGGCUCCUAUAUUUGAGAUGAGGAAUACGAGUUUUAUGAGCUUCAUUAAAGAGCUAUUAUUGAAGGACCCCUCCAUACUCCAUACUUUCAGAACCUGUAUUAUAAGUGCACUGACCGAUUUAAUCACAACCUUGGAGGAAGAAGCAUUGUACCUGCUUAUUAAGUUCUUCGAGAGAUUACAAUCAUUAAAAUAUUGUCUAUUGGAAGAGAAACCCAGACAAGAGAUUUUAAGAGUUGGUAUUUUUCUCAAGGAACAGAUUACUUACUGGAUUGGAAUGAUGAAUGAUGCUGUACACAAGUCUCCAUCUUGUUUGGAGUUUAGGGCGACAGAUUUAGCUCGGAUGUGGGGAAUUGUCAGCUGCUAUUCUUACAUGACAGAGUUCCAAGCUAAUCCAUCAGUACUUAUGGAUUUUGUAGAAGCCCUUGAUCGCCUUUUGAUGAUCAACUCUGAAACAAUUGCAGCAUUGCCUAGACGGACUUGGGAAAGCUUAAUUGGAGCUGGUUUAGCUUCCUAUCAGAAAUUGGGCUUCAGUCAGAUGGCAGGGCAUGACGGAUUACCAGUGGAUAGAAUCUUGUAUUUUGCUAAAAAAUAUAAAUCUUCUAUCCAUAUAUUAUCUGCCAUUGCCGACUUCUUGGAUUCAUUAGAUGCGUCCACCACUCAAGUUGGCAGCCCUAAGAAGUAUCAUCUAGAGUUAGAGGCGUGCAAAACCGUAGAUGCAUUUGAUGUAUUUUCUGAAAAUUUAUGUCACUCUGACAAACAAAUCCGUCUUCUCACCCUAAGAAUCUUAUGCCACUAUGAAAAUCUGAAUUCUGAGAAUUUAUCAAGUAAUCAACCUUCGGAGAAAGAUAUGAUGAUCGACGAUCCUCCAAACUUCAACAGAAGUGAGCAGAGCGACAACGUUCUUCAUCAACUGCUUGCCAUCGAAGCAACUUCUCUUUCUAUAGCGACUAGUAGGAAAGUUAUUCUAUUGAUAACGAAGAUACAGAUGGAUCUCUCUACUGGAAGGAUAUGCGGAGCUUAUAUACCCCUUGUUUUCAAUGCUAUUAUCGGCAUAUACCACAACCAGUUUAAUUAUCUAUGGAAUCCAGCUAUGGAAUGCUUUGCGGCCUUGGUUAGCCAUUACUAUGGACUGGUAUGGGAAAUAUGUGUGAAGUAUCUGGACAAAAGUGUGUCUAACCUCGUAUCACAUCACGGACAUUCUGAUAGAGGCAACAGGGAAUUAUGUGACAAGAGCGAUGAUUUGCUCAGUUGUUUUAACGCAUUUGUUGCUCCUUCCUAUGAUGGCAUUUCAUCCGCAACUGUUUUGUCGUUGUUGAUCAAGUCACUACAAAAAGUACCGACGCUUGUCGAAUCACGUUCCCGGCAAAUUAUACCUUUGUUCUUAAAAUUUUUGGGCUAUGAGGUUUCUGAUCUUUCAAGUGUGAGAUCAUAUAGUUUGCAUGCUUCUAAAGGAAAAGAUUGGAAGGGUGUUCUUGAAGAUUGGUUAAACUUGCUGAAAUUGAUGCACAAUCCAAAGUCCUUCUAUCGGAGUCAGUUUCUUAAGGAGGUUCUACAAUACAGGUUGCUUGAUGAGAAUGAUCCUGAAGUGCAGUUGAAGGUUCUUGAUUGCCUAUUGAAUUGGAAGGAUGAAUUCCUACUGCCCUAUGAUCAGCAUCUGAGAAAUCUGGUCAACCCUAAGACUCUGAGGGAUGAACUUACAAGAUGGAGCUUAUCUAGAGAAUCUAAUUUGGUUAGUGAAGAACACAGAGAUCGUCUUGUGCCACUAGUCAUUCGUAUUCUUGUGCCAAAAGUUAGGAAGUUGAAAACACUUGCAUCUAGAAAGGUUGCAAGUGUGCACCAUAGGAAAGCAGUUAUUGGGUUCCUAGCUGAGCUUGAUAUCAACGAGCUUCCUUUGUUUUUUGCUUUGUUAACAAAGCCCUUACAAAAGGAGUCACUGGGUGUUGAUGCUGUGGAUGAUGAUUUACUUUGGGGUUCACCUAAAACUCCUGCUAAGUUUGAUUCUUCAGGUGUUCUGAGACAUUUUAGUAUGGAUAACAUCAAGUCACUAUCUUCAAAGAAAAUAUAUGGGUUUUUACAUGUGACGGAAGAAAUUCUUGGAGUUUUUGAUGAAUCACGUAUUAGUCCUGUUCUUGAUACAUUAAUGGGAAGUGUUGUUCGCAUAUUAGCUAGCUGUGCACCAAGUAUGGAGGGCACAAAGAACUGUGACUUAUCUAUGGCAGUGAGGAACACUAAUGUGUGUGAACAUGGAGAAGACAGUGGAGCAGAAAAGCAGGCCAUGACCAGCUUGGCCUCAAAACAGUUCAAGGAUUUGAGAUCUUUAUGUCUGAAAAUUAUAUCUUUGGUACUGAGUAAAUUUGAAGAUCAUGAUUUCAGUUUGGAAUUCUGGGACAUCUUCUUUUCAGCUUUAAAACCUUUAAUUGUUGGUUUCAAGCAAGAAGGAGCUAGUAGUGAGAAGCCAAGUUCACUGUUUGUUUGUUUUCUUGCUAUGAGUAGAAGCCAUAAACUCGUAUCCCUGUUUCAUAGGGCAGAAAAUCUUGUCCCAGAUAUAUUUUCAAUUCUAACAGUUACAACAGCUUCCGAAGCAAUUAUAUCUUGUGUCCUUAGAUUCAUUGAGAACCUACUUAAUCUCGACAUCGAGGUGGAAAGUGGUGAUAAUGACGUGAAAGGCAUUCUACUUCCAAACAUUGACACACUUGUCUGCAGCUUGCAUUGCCUUUUCACAAGCAAAAGUACUAGCAGGAAGUCACUCAAAUAUUCUGGAGGAAACGAGCUUAGCAUUUUCAAAUUACUGCCCAAGUAUAUUAAAGAUCCUUCGAUCGGGAGAAAAUUUGUUGACAUCUUACUUCCAUCUCUAACCAAGAAGCAUAUAGACUGGGAUCCAUGUGUGUCGGCUUUGCAUGUCAUUCAGAAGAUGGUACCUAUGUUAGGAAGUGAAGGCGGUUUAAGAAUCUUGAAUACUAUUUCUCCAUUACUUAUUCAUGCAAAUUCAGAGGUUCGGUUGGCUAUCUGUGACAUCCUUGAUGCGCUUGCUGGAAGUGAUCCUUCUUUAGUGCUUGUGGCGAAACUUCUUCGGGAAUUCAAUGCUCUAUCUGCAGUAGAGAUGGAUGUCCUUGAUUAUGAUGUCAUAAUUGGUGCUUAUGAGAAAAUCGACAUUGAAUUCUUCUGCAGUGUUCGAGAGGAGCAUUCACUAGUUAUCUUGUCACAUUGUGUACAUGAUAUGUCAUCUCAGGACUUGAUUUUGAGGAACAGUGCAUAUAGACUUUUGCUUCUAUUUCUUGAUUUCUGUAGGAAGAUCCUUUGUGGUGAAUUGGAAUCUAAUAUGGGGUGUUGGUCUGAAGCAUGCAUUCAGAACACAAUAAACAACUUCUUUUUGAAGUAUAUGGGAAAUGCUAUGAGCAAAGAAACUUCUGUUCUAAAGGUGUGGAUGGAUUUACUGCGAGAGAUGGUGUUGAAACUUCCUAAUGUGUCUAACCUUACAUCAUAUCAUGCUCUGUGUAGUGAAGAUGCAGAGCAGGACUUCUUUAGCAAUAUCGUUCACUUGCAGAAGCAUAGAAGAGCAAGGGCAUUGUUACGCUUCUGCAGUGUUGCCCGUUCUUGCCAUUUGUCAGAGGUCAUUACAAAUAAAGUGCUAGUCCCGCUUUUAUUCAAUAUGUUACUUGAAGUAAAAGAUGGAAAGGGAGAGCAUCUUAGAAACGCUUGUAUCGAAGCCCUUGCAUCUAUCUCUGGUUCUAUGGGAUGGAAAGCAUACUAUGCACUGUUGAACAGGUGCUUCCGGGAAUUAAAACUGAGACCCGACAAACAAAAACUGUUUUUGAGGCUGAUUUGCUCUGUUCUAGACAACUACCAUUUUUCAGAAGUUAAGCACUUUGAUAGGGAGAAAGAUUCUCCUGAAUCCCGUCAACAGGCUUCUUCAAUUGUCUUGGUCAAGUGUACCACAACGGAUAAACAUCCCGAUAUACAAAGUUGUCUUCAUGAAAACAUUCUACCUAAGAUACAGAAGUUGUUGACAUUGGAUACCGACAAUGUGAAUGUUAACGUGAGUCUUGUUGCACUAAAGCUGUUAAAACUACUUCCGGGUAACAUAUUGGAACUGCAGCUUCCGACUAUAAUUCAUCGUAUUUCAAACUUCUUGAAAAGUCGGUUGGAAAGUGUUCGUGAUGAGGCAAGGUCUGCUCUUGCUGCUUGUUUGAAGGAGUUAGGGCUAGAAUAUCUGCAGUUCAUUCUCAAAGUCAUGAGGUCUACCUUGAAAAGAGGAUUUGAGCUGCAUGUACUUGGAUAUACGCUCCAUUUCAUACUGUCGAAGUGCUUAGCUGAUUCCAUUUGUGGGAAGUUGGAUUAUUGCUUAGAGGAACUUCUUUCUGUGGCUGAGAAUGAUAUUCUUGGAGAUGUUUCCGAGGAGAAAGAUGUUGAAAAGAUUGCUUCAAAAAUGAAGGAGACAAGGAAGAAAAAGUCAUUUGAGACACUCAAAUUGAUUUCUCAAAGCAUCACAUUUAAAACUCAUGCCUUGAAGCUGAUUUCACCUAUUACACGCCAUCUGCAGAAGCAGUUGACGCCAAAAUUGAAAUCAAAAUUAGAAACUAUGUUGCAUCAUAUAGCUUCUGGCAUCGAAUGUAACCCGACCGUAAACCAGAAAGACAUUCUUAUUUUUGCUUAUGGCCUCAUUGAAGAUGGUUUGAAGGGAAAUCAAGGUUGUGAGAAUAUAUAUGGCGCAAAGUCGAGUGGAGAUAAGAAUGAUGAUAUCAACACUACAAGUAGCAUUUCUGGUAGGUUAUCUCGUGCUGGCUCGCAAUGUUCACAUCUCAUUACGGUAUUUACCCUUGGUAUUUUGCAUAGUCGUGUUAAGAAAAUGAAACUUAAAGAAAAUCAAGAGCAAGUAUUAUCAUUGUUGGACCCUUUUGUUGGAUUGUUAUGCGGCUGCUUGAGCUCCAAGUAUGAAGACGUUACUUCUGCAGCUCUUAGGUGUCUUUCACUUCUUGUGAGAUUUUCGUUGCCUUCCCUUGAUUCUGAAGCUGAUAAUAUAAAAAGUGCACUUUUCGUUAUCCUGCAUGGUUCUGUCAAUGCUACCAGUGCUUUGGCUGAAUCUUGUAUACGGCUAUUGACAGUGCUUCUGCGAAGCACCAGUAUUACGCUUUCCUCUGACCAGAUUCACAUGCUCGUCCAGUUUCCGCUCUUUGUUGAUCUUGAAAGAAACCCGUCUUUCGUUGCACUUUCUCUGUUGAAGGCAAUUGUGAACCGUAAGGUUGUAGUUCCUGAGAUAUAUGAUCUUGCUAAACAAGUUGCAGAGUUGAUGGUAACAAGUCAAGUGGAACCUAUACGCAAGAAAUGCAGUCAGAUCUUCUUACAAUUCUUGCUUGACUAUUCCCUUUCACAGAAACGAUUGCAACAGCAUCUUGACUUCUUGCUUGCAAAUCUAAGGUAUGAGCACCCAACUGGAAGAGAAGCUGUGCUUGAAAUGAUUCAUGCUAUUAUUAUGAAGUUUCCGCCCCAAGUUGUGAAUGAACAGUCGCAGACUCUUUUUGUCCAACUGGUUGUUUGCUUAGCAAACGAUUCUGAGAAAAAGGUCCGCUCUAUGAUUGGUGCUGCUAUAAAGCUUCUAAUUAGUCGUGUGAGCCCUCAAAGUCUCCAUUCUAUUUCAGAGUAUGCUUUGUUUUGGUAUUCAGGCGAGAAACAGGGUUUAUGGAGUGCUGCAGCACAGGUUUUGGGACUAUUGCUAGAAGUGAUGAAGAAAGGCUUCACAAAACAUAUAGAUGCUAUUUUUCCUGUAAUGAGACGCAUAUUGCAGUCUGCUGUCAAUAUCUUGAAAAACGAUCAGGCAGAUCCUCCCAGUGGAGCGGGGAUUCCCCUAUGGAAAGAAGCAUACUAUUCAUUGGUUCUAUUUGAGAAGAUAUUACUGCAAUUUCCUGAAACGUGCUUAGGGAAAGAUCUUGAGGACAUAUGGGAAAUAAUCUGUGAGUUCUUGCUGCAUCCGCAUAUUUGGCUACGCAAUAUCUCAAACCGCCUCAUUGCAUUGUACUUUGCAACAAUAACUGAAGCCUGCAAGCAAAAUAACGAGAGAUGGAUUGGAGAAUUUUUCCUAUUGAGACCUAGUAGACUCUUCUUGCUAGCAGUCUCUUUCUGUUCUCAAUUGAAAGCGUCGCUUACCGAUGAUGCAGCCAACAACUAUCUUCGGCAAAAUAUCGUGUUUGCAAUUCUUGGAUUGCAUUCAAUGCUAGGGCGACAAAAAGAAACUAAAGUAUUUUGGUCUACUUUUGAACCAAAGGACGAAGAGAUUCUUAUCAAAGCUUUUCUGAUACUUGAUUCAAGAAAAGGAAGAAGCAUGUUUGCAUCUUUUGCAUCUGAUCUUAAUGGUCAUAGUGAGAUGGAGAAUUGUGAUCAUCAUCGUUACUUUCUCAUCUCCUCUUUACUUAAAAGGAUGGGAAAGACUGCACUUGAUAUGGAGGAAGUUCAGAUGAGAAUCGUCUUUGAUAGUUUCAGAUUGGUAUCGCCAAAAGUCCUCGAUGGCAAUGAAGCUUCGGAAGAGCUUGACAAGAAAGAUGGUCAAAAUCUUGCUUAUCAGGUGCUCCUGCCUUUGUACAAAAUCUGCGAGGGAUUUGCUGGGAAAGUUGUCUCAGAUGAUGGAAAACAAUUUGCACAAGAGGUCCGUGAUAGCAUCAGGGAUGCAAUGGGUGUCCAACACUUUGUUCAAGUUUAUAGCUCGGUAAGGAAAAAUCUCAAGACGAAAAGGGAUAAAAGACGACAAGGUGAAAAAGUGAUGGCGGUUGUUAACCCCAUGAGAAAUGCCAAGAGGAAGCUUCGGAUCGCGGCCAAGCAUAAAGAGAACAAGAAAAGGAAAAUAAUGACAAUGAAGAUGGGAAGAUGGAUGCAUUGACACCCAAAAUUUUGAAGCUUUUUUGUACUUGUAAAUCCAUAAGAAUAUGGCUGUAGGAGGAUAUAUAAUGAAAUAUCAUUUUUGAUCCCUUUUUUGUAUUUCUUCUUUUCUGAUAUUUGAAAACCAAUGUCAAAGGGA